CAACGACCUCCUUCCAUGGCAGCAGGACUCUCAACAAUCGCCGUAACACUCAAACCACUCAACCGCUCUUGUUUCUCCGCAAACCACCCUAUCUCCGCCACAGUUUUCCCUCCAUCUCUCAGAUUCAACGCCUUUAGACGUCGAAAGAUCCUCACCGUUUGUUUCGUCGUUGAAGAACGGAAACAGAGCUCUCCCAUGGAUGACAAACCGGAAAGCACGACGAGCUCUUCUGAGAUCUUGAUGACUUCGCGGCUUCUCAAGAAAGCAGAGAAGAAGAAAUCAGAGAGAUUCACUUAUCUAAUCGCAGCGGUGAUGUCAAGCUUUGGUGUUACUUCUAUGGCUAUCAUGGCUGUUUAUUACCGAUUUUCUUGGCAAAUGAAGGGAGGUGAAGUGCCUUUAUCAGAGAUGUUUGGUACAUUUGCUCUCUCAGUUGGUGCUGCCGUUGGGAUGGAGUUUUGGGCAAGAUGGGCUCAUAGAGCUCUUUGGCACGAUUCUUUAUGGAACAUGCAUGAGUCUCAUCACAAACCAAGAGAAGGAGCGUUUGAGUUAAAUGAUGUGUUCGCUAUAAUAAACGCGGUUCCUGCGAUUGGUCUUCUCUAUUAUGGAUUCUUUAAUAAAGGACUUGUUCCUGGUCUCUGCUUCGGUGCCGGACUGGGAAUAACGGUGUUUGGAAUGGCUUACAUGUUUGUCCACGAUGGACUCGUGCACAAGAGAUUCCCUGUCGGUCCCAUUGCCAACGUUCCUUACCUCCGAAAGGUCGCGGCCGCUCACCAGCUACACCACACAGACAAAUUCAAGGGUGUACCAUAUGGGCUGUUUCUUGGACCCAAGGAAGUGGAAGAAGUGGGAGGAAAAGAAGAGUUGGAGAAAGAGAUAAGCCGGAGAAUCAAAUUAUAUAACAAGGGUUCUUCUACCUCUUAAUUGCUAUAUAACCCCAAUUUUACUUCUUUUAUGUUUUUGUAAUAUAUUAAGGACCAAUAU